CGGCUGCUGCCUAGAGAGCCAGACACAGAGCAAGAGGCAGAGGGGAGGACGUAGUAGCAGAGGCUGACAGAAGAGGUGGGCAAUUCAGCCCCAGAGAGAGAGGGGGAAACGGGGGAGCCAGCAGGGCUGGGCUUUUGCAAGAAGCCGCUCCAGAGCCUGACAGCGGGUGCCUGCCUGGAGAAGCAGCUUGGGAAGCAGACAGGCCUGAGCCAGAGCUAAGUUUCAGGGGACAUUAUUUGGGAAGACUGCCCUGAGACCACACCCUGCCUGCCUGCCUGCCAGGAGCAGCUGCCUGGAAGAGACCUGAAGGGGGCGACAUCCCACUUGUGCAUUUAAAAAAAAAAUCUGCAAAGAGACUUUUGUGGGAAAAGUUGGAUCUUUAUUAUCAAGAACAUCCUCUGUGAUAACAGGACCCUUGGGAACAAGUCUCACGUGCCUUCUGGAAGCCUGACAGCGAACUCAAAGCCAGGAGGCUUAAGACAAGUUUGUGCACCAGAAGGAAAAUUGUAAGACAGGAUGACUGAGAACUCUGCUGCAGCACCUGCUGCCAAGCCCAAGAGGGCCAAGGCGUCCAAGAAAUCGACGGACCACCCCAAGUACUCUGACAUGAUUGUGGCCGCCAUCCAAGCUGAGAAGAGCCGGGCUGGCUCAUCCCGUCAGUCUAUCCAGAAAUACAUCAAGAGUCACUACAAGGUGGGGGAGAAUGCUGACUCCCAAAUCAAGUUGUCCAUCAAGAGGUUGGUGACAACAGGUGUCCUCAAGCAGACAAAAGGGGUGGGUGCCUCGGGUUCCUUCCGCCUGGCCAAGGGCGAUGAACCCAAGAAAGCACCAGUCAAGAAGGCCAAGAGAGAAGUCAAAAAGGCUACAACACCCAAGAAAGCCGCUAAGCCCAAGAAGGCUGCUGCCAAGUCACCAGCCAAGAAGCCCAAACCUGCGGCAAAGAAAGCCAAAAAGAAGCCAGCAGCUACCCCAAAGAAAGCCAAGAAGCCAAAGACUGUCAAGGCCAAGCCAGUGAAGGCCUCUAAACCUAAAAAGGCAAAAGCAUCAAAGCCCAAAGCAAAGUCCAGUGCAAAGAAGACUGCUAAGAAAAAAUGAAGUGUGAGCUUGGGACCUACUUUCUUGAACAUUCUUCUUGAGCUGUACUCUGUAAAUAGAUCUUUCCUUUAUUCUCUACUCCUUUCUAUUGCAGCUUUAUAAAAGACUGAACUAUUAUUCCCAUGCAGUAGUUUAAACUAAUUACUUCUUUAAAAGGCAUCAUCAAUAGAGAACCUGUUUGUUUGGAUUGUUUCAAUUGUAAUUUUAAAUACAUUUUAUGUGUUCAUCUUUGCUUCCCCUCCCCAUUAAAGGUAUGCAGUACUUCUUUUGUUUUGAGCAUGAGGGAAGACUGGAGAGGAUUUUACUAAAAGAAGAUUUUAGAUGAAGAAAGGAACAUGCUGUGGGACGCCUUUAGUAGAGGCACCUUAAAUUAUGUCUUUGAGAAAUGUAACCAUAGUGGAUGCUGUCAGCUACCAACAACUGAAUGCUGUAACUUGCUUUUUCUUAAAAGUGCAAAUUCAGGUUUUCAUGGAUAAAUUAGCUACCAGUGAUCAGUGAAUGCAUAUAGGAUUAUAAGUUUCUUUAUAGUUCUGGUGGGGACUGGAUGGGUGGUGGUUGAUCAGCUUUCUACUGACUUUGCUAUUUCAUAGACAAAGUGUGCUGAUAUUGGGGGCAGGGGUAAGUCAGUGGGAAAUUAUGCAAAUAUUUGGACUUAAUUGUUCUAAAAUUUUUAUAGAUUGAUCAUGCUGAAAUGGAAAUGAGUAAAUAUUUUGAUGACCCUUCUUCCUAAGGCAUCUUAUCUUCCUUCUGGAGUCUGACCACUAUUUUGGUCGUAGGUACUUCUGGGGAAGAUAUGAACAAAAACCGUCCUUUCUGUGUUGUCCCUCCGUGUGCUUCUCAGUUCUGCAGUGCCUGCCUCCUAAUCCACAGCUUUUGUGCUUAGGGUAUUGUGUAUACAGGACACCCCCCAUUCCCUAUUAAUUAUUACUUCCUCAUUUGUCCGCUUCUCAACUGGGUGAAGGAAAGAACAAAUGUAGAGAGUAAUAGACAUGUAGCCUAUAUUGAAUCUCUUCAGAUAGCUUUAUGAACCUAUGCCCUAUUAUUUGCUUAGGUUUGAGGUGGGUGUUUUCCACAGGUGGACUGGAAAGGAUAAUUUUCAGUACUCCCAACUUUUUUUUUAAAGAUAUGCUUGUUUAAACGAAGAAUUCUCAUAGGAUUGGUACCUGAUUGUCUGUUUUACUUUGUAGGUGUGAUUUUGUGUAAGAAAGCUUUAGCUGUCUUUGUAAUUUUAGAGUUUAAAAAUAAAAUCAAAAACAGCAUAACA